UCAAAUAUAUUUUAUUUAAAAAUGUGUACCAAAGUAUUACAAGCUCUUGUGAACUGUAUCAAGUUUUUUACAUUCCGUUUAUUUAAAAUGUUAUUACGGUUGACAUCAGGGAUUCGAAGAAACUCUGUGCAUAAAUGUUUGUGGAUAUUAAUCAUUGUUGCUGUGAUAAUGUAUUUUACUUGCAAAUAUAAUUUGAGAAGUAAAAAUUGGGGUGGUGCAAAGCUCACUCCUAAACAUCCAGUGAUUAUGUGGUGGACCUCCAAUUUUGGUGGUUUUGUUGGAACUAGAACAUGUGCCAGAAAUAUUAAAUGUGAUAUGCUUAGUGAUAGAAACGAGAGCCAUGCCUACAAAGUUGAGGCAUACUUAUUUUAUGGAAGCCAAAUUAAGGUAGAUGACCUGCCGCCUCGAAACUCUAAAGAUGUAUGGGGGUUGUAUCAUGAGGAGUCUCCAAGGAAUUUGGAGGAACUGAUGCAUGAACCCAUGCUCAAUUUAUUCAAUUUCUCUGCUACGUUUAGCAGACAUAGUAAUGUGCCAUUUCCUUUGCAAUAUCUGGAGUCUUUGGAAGCUGUAACAGAUGGGCAACACUUUGUUUCUACUAAAGUAAAAAAUAUGUUGUUGACUGAAAUAGCUCCAGUGAUGUAUCUACAGAGUGAUUGUGAAACUUCCACGGAAAGAGACUCUUACGUGAAAGAACUUAUGAAGCAUAUAGAAAUAGAUUCUUACGGAGCAUGCCUUAAGAAUAAAGAAAUGCCUGAAAAAUUCACAGGUGACUACUUAAAUAACUUAAAUGAGAAUGAUUUUCUCGAUUUUGUUGCAAGGUACAAGUUUGUGAUUGCAAUAGAGAAUGGAGUCUGUGAGGAUUAUAUCACUGAAAAGUUUUGGAGGCCCAUCAAAGUUGGGAGUGUACCGAUUUACUUUGGAUCUCCGUCAAUAAAAGAUUGGUUUCCGAAUGAUAAAUCUGCUAUACUUUUAGAUGAUUUUACAACCCCAGAAAUUUUAAGUACGCAUUUAAAGAAGCUUUUGGCAAAUGACAGUUUGUAUGAAGAGUACUUAGAGCAUAAGACUAAACAGAUUAUUACAAAUACAAAACUUGUUAAAGAAUUAAAAGAAAGACCGUAUCAGACUGAUGGAUUGGACACCGUUGAACGGUUUGAAUGUUUCAUUUGCGAACAACUACACAACAAAACAAAUAUAGGAUCGAACAUAGUGAAUAAGAGCCAUUAUAACUGUCCGAAGCCCAUAUCUGCUUUGACAUUGUCAGUAAAUCCAACAAAUCAUUGGGUGUAUUCAUGGGAUUAUGCUAGAAAGAGCGCAGAACAAUUAUACAAACAACUAACAAAUUAAAAUAGUUUUUAUUGGUAUUAACUUUUUCAAUAUAUUUUUAUACAAGAUAUGA